UCCCCAUCCCUACCAUUUUCUCAUUUUCAUAUAUCAAGCUCCUGGUAUGAAGAAAGUUGAUUUUUGAAUGGAAGUAGAAUAGUCACGAAAGCUUGAGCUCCUCAGUAGAAGAAGGCUUUCCACCUGCAAAGCCAGAUCUCCAGGAUAUGGCUUCCACUCCCACCGGCUCCAUCACCGCCGUUGAAGAUGACCGUCACCUCGAUCAUCAGGACUCCAUCAAAUUCGGCUCAACGGAGGCACUUGAACACAUUCGAACCCUUACUGACGUCGGAGCCAUGACCCGUCUCCUUCACGAGUGCAUUGCCUACCAGCGCGCUCUAGACCUCAAUCUUGACAAUCUUCUCUCUCAACGCUCCGACCUCGACAAGCAGCUCGUCCAGCUUCAACGCUCCGCUGAAGUCAUCGGCAUAGUUGAAGCCGAUGCUGACUACAUGCUCUCCAAUGUCACAUCCACCUGCGACCUCGCCGACCAGGUUAGCGCCAAGGUCCGCGAUCUUGAUCUGGCUCAGUCGCGGGUCAAUUCCACCUUGCUUCGCAUCGACGCCAUUGUCGAGAGAGGGAAUUGUAUUGAAGGCGUUAAGAAAGCGCUCGAUUCCGAGGAUUACGAAUCUGCGGCCAAGUAUGUGCAGACGUUUCUCCAAAUCGAUGAUAAGUACAAGGAUUCCGGGUCGGAUCAGAGGGAACAAUUGUUGGAAUCGAAGAAACAGUUGGAGGGAAUUGUCAGGAAGAGGCUCUCGGCGGCUGUGGAUCAGCGAGAUCAUUCCAUGAUCUUGCGAUUCAUACGGCUUUACUCUCCGUUAGGUUUGGAGGAGGAAGGGUUGCAGGUUUAUGUUGGGUACUUGAAGAAGGUGAUUGGAAUGAGGUCUAGGCUUGAAUUUGAGAAUUUGGUAGAGCUGAUGGAGCAGCAAUACCAAAAUCAUAAUGUGGGAAGCAAUCAAAACCAAAUUAAUUUUGUUGGGGCCUUGACAAAUUUGUUCAAGGAUAUUGUUUUGGCUAUAGAAGAAAAUGAUGAGAUCUUAAGGAGUCUCUGUGGUGAGGAUGGGAUUGUAUACGCAAUAUGUGAACUUCAGGAGGAGUGUGAUUCGCGUGGAUCUUUAAUCUUGAAGAAGUAUAUGGAAUAUAGGAAAUUGGCUCAGUUGUCGUCUGAAAUCAAUGCUCAAAACAAGAAUUUGCUAGCUGUUGGUGGAACAGAAGGACCGGACCCUAGGGAAGUCGAGUUAUACUUGGAAGAAUUAUUGAUGCUGAUGCAGUUGGGUGAGGAUUACACUGAAUUCAUGGUCUCCAAAAUCAAGGGAUUGAGUUCUAUAGAUCCAGAGUUGGUUCCUCGAGCUACAAAGGCUUUCAGAAGUGGAAGUUUUAGCAAAGCAGUUCAAGAUAUCACAGGGUUCUAUGUGAUUCUGGAGGGAUUUUUCAUGGUUGAAAAUGUAAGGAAAGCUAUCAAGAUAGAUGAGCCGGUGCCUGAUAGUCUUACAACUUCUAUGGUGGACGAUGUGUUCUAUGUUCUACAGAGUUGCUUAAGACGUGCGAUUUCCACUUCGAAUAUCAGCUCAUUGAUUGCAGUUCUGAGUGGUGCCAGUAGUCUACUGAGCAAUGAGUACCAAGAGGCAUUACAACAGAAAAUGCGAGAACCAAAUUUAGGUGCAAAACUAUUUUUAGGUGGUGUUGGUGUACAAAAGACGGGGACAGAGAUUGCAACAGCCUUGAAUAACAUGGACGUGAGUAGUGAAUAUGUUUUGAAACUCAAACAUGAGAUUGAGGAGCAAUGUGCGGAGGUAUUUCCUGCGCCUGCAGACAGGGAAAAAGUGAAAUCUUGUUUAUCUGAAUUGGGUGACAUGAGCAACACUUUCAAGCAAGCUUUGAAUGCUGGCCUGGAACAAUUAGUUGGAACUGUAACACCACGGAUUCGCCCAGUUUUGGAUACUGUUGCAACAAUUAGCUAUGAAUUGUCCGAGGCUGAGUAUGCUGAUAACGAAGUGAAUGACCCAUGGGUCCAAAGACUUCUCCAUGCAGUGGAGACAAAUGCGGCAUGGCUUCAGCCUCUAAUGACUGCCAACAAUUACGACUCGUUCGUGCAUUUGGUGAUCGACUUUAUCGUCAAGAGGCUUGAAGUGAUUAUGGUGCAGAAAAGGUUUAGUCAGCUUGGAGGGCUUCAACUCGACAGAGAUGCAAGGGCUUUGGUAAGCUACUUUUCAAGCAUGACUCAAAGAACUGUUCGAGAUAAGUUUGCUCGUCUCACUCAAAUGGCUACAAUUCUCAACUUAGAGAAGGUUUCAGAGAUUCUAGACUUUUGGGGUGAGAACUCAGGGCCUAUGACAUGGAGACUUACUCCAGCAGAGGUCAGGCGUGUGUUGGGUCUUAGAGUUGAUUUUAAACCUGAAGCUAUUGCUGCACUUAAAUUGUGAACCUAUUUUCUAUAUUCACAAUAUUACCUUAUAUUCUUUGGUUAUUUCCUGUUAAGAAAUAGCUCUCUUGGUUUUA